GGGAUGGUCUUCAGAUUAGUUUGCACUUUAGUAAGACUCGUGCAAAAUAAAAGCUCACUGUGUCGAGGUAAAUAUCGUUUCAUAUCAGUAUGAGUUUACUUUUUGCUUUCUCUCCGGGUAUGAAUCAAAUAUCAUGACUUCCCGUGUGUGUGUGUGUGUGUGUGUGUGUGUGUGUGUGUGUGUGUGUGUGUGUGUGUGUGUGUGUGUGUGUGUGUGUGUGUGCUGGAAGAUCGAUGAGGAAAUUACAACAUGACGUUUUAGUUUUCUUCUUGCUGGAUCUCCUGCAGGUCGGCGGAGGGAAUCCCCACAGAGCAGGCCUGUAUAUAUAAAUCCAUCAGAUAAGAAGAGAGCAUCACAUCACACAACUGCUCAUAGACCUGACUCCAGCACUGAUAACCAUCUGAUCAGACACAUGGCAAUCUUCAAUACCUGUAAGUCAUCUAACCAAGAAUACACACUCAGACCUCAUGUUUCUGUCGUGUCAUGCAGAAAAAAAGACUUUUUUUCUCUUUUUAUUUCUUAAUGCAGAUUUCUACAGCUGCGUCCUGCUGCUGCUGACCGUGAACGCGCGCUCCUCCUCAGGACUCCCGGUGCGCGCUCUCAGCUUGGAAAAGUGCAAAAGCUGCUCGACGCUUUUUGGAAACCUCCUUGAGCAUAUCACUGAGCUCCUCAACAAUGUAAGAACAAGAUCAUUUCUGCAGGUCCAUUCGUCGUUUACAAUUUGUGUUGUUGACAAUGAAUGCUUUUCUUUUGUAUCACAGGAUACUGUACAGAGGGAUGUGUUUCAUGGUGUCACCACAGAUGAAGCAGUGGUGAGGAGUAAGAGUGACACACCAAGAGCCUGUUCACCCAAUCUGACUCAGGUGACACUCCUUAAAUGAUCUCUUGUGAAAUAAUGAAAAGAACACUGUCUUCAUUGUAAUACUCUUUUAAAUGAUCUUAAGUAACACUUUACAGUAACCGUAACUUAUAAAUGGUAAAUAGAUAGUUUUUUCAUGUUUAAUCAUCAUUUAAAAACAGCAUAAAGACCAAUUAUAAAUGGUAAAUAGAUAGUUUAUUAAUGUAAGUUAAUAGUCACUUUACUAUUAACAAGCAAUGAAAUUAUGAUUAAUAUUGAUUGGUUGUAAAACAUCUAGAUUAAAAUGUGUGUCAGUAGCACUUUGUAAAUGAUUAAUAAGUGGUUUAUAAACCAUCUAUAAACAUUACUUAGAUGUUAUUGUAAAGUUAGAGUUAGGUCUUAAAAUUGUAAAAUUUACAAUGUAUUAAUGGUCUAUAUGCUAUUUAUAAAUGAUGAUUAAACACGAAUACACUAUCUGCUUACCAUUUAUAAACAGCCUAUUUCCCAUUUAUGAGUUGUGGUUACUGUAAAGUGUUAGGUGAUCUUUUUUCUGCACUCCACUUUCAAAAUAAGUCGUGAUCCGCCCCAAACCUCACAUUUGCUGUUCAGCUUUCACAAUUUUUUACUUUAAAAUUGUCAUGUAAGUGAAAUGCAUAAUUCACUGAUAGAUUUGUGCUCCUGACUCAAACCGAAUCAUGAAAAUAUCUGAUAUGUUUAAACUAUUUUUUGAUGUGUUUGUUCCACACAGAACCCUGCUUGCAUGAUGCAAAGAAACUCUUCUUUCAGUGAGGUAAGGGUCAAUCAAAGUUAGUUUUUUUUGUACUGUAUUAAACCAUAUAUGAUAAUAGCUGGAAAUUCUAUAUCUAUAAUACCCAAAAAGCUUCAGAUUUGUUGAUUAUCCCUUUAAUGCCUUUUGUAUCAUAUUUGAUACAUACUUUUAUAUACUUAAAUCAAAUCAAUAUGAUCAACAAAUUACUAAAAUAAAAACACCUGAAUACAGUCCGAUAAAUUAUAAAAAUGUCCUCUUGUAGUUUAUCAGUUUCCAAAAACAUCUAAUGUAUCAAACGAGAUGAAUAAAUAUAUUUGUAAAAUUUUAAGGACAUUCUGAUUUUUUUGGUUUUCAGUAGUAAGUAAAAUAAACACUUCAGCUCCAAAAAAAUUGAAUUUUCUGGCCAUAAUUUGUGGUGUCAGGCAUUAAAGGGUUACUCUGUUCUCUAAAUAUUUAACUUAUUUGUCUCACUUUGUAUUUCCUCAAUAAUGCGAACAGAUUACUGAUGGAUAAUUCCUUCCGUUUGUCUUCGCAGAGUGAAUGUCUGAGUAACAUCAUGAAGGACUUGGGCUACUAUGCUGCUGUGAUAGAUUCCUACCUCAACAACACCUUGCUCAGGGAUCCUGUGACAGAAGCUGAACAUCUGAGACCAACUCUGGGAAUGAUAGAGAGCCUGAGGAAGGUGUGUGUUUAUUAUGCAUGUGUGGGAGGCUAUAAAAAAAAACAACACAAAAUCAUGAUCUAAAGACAGAAACAGUGAGGGAGAGUCUCGAGGGAAAUAACAUUUCGAAAGUUGCCUGAUGAAAUCUUCCUUGGUUUAUACAGAACUGCUCCCUGAUGCCCGAUGAAGAGGAGGACUCCUCAAAGGUAUUUUUCUACUCCUUUUUUUUUAAGUUUGUUGCCUAUUUUCUCCUUAUUAUGAGGAGAACUGAUACAAGAUCUAUCUUUUUUUUUUCUUUUUAAGACACAUAAAAAUCAAAUGAAGGUGAUUUUUUGGUUAUUUUCCUAAUUUUACCUCCUGUGUUGUCUUUAAGGAGGAAGUGGCGCAGCUGUGGGGAGACAACAGCUUCGAAAACAGGAAGAAAAUGUAUCGGAUGAUGAGGGGCUUCUAUGUGCGGACCAUCACCAUCAACAGAGCCAUGGGUUAUAUCGCUUCAGGAGACCACAGGAAGUAAACGUGUGUCUUCAUCUUCAUCAUCAUCAUCAUCAUCAUCAUCAUCACUCCAAAUCAGUCUAAUAUCUCCACUGUUUUUAUUUAUUCCACCUUAAAACCUCUCCUGGUCAUUCACUACCAACAGUUACAUUUACUCAUCAAGCAGUGCUCAACGCUACACAUGCUGCUUCACUGUCAGUGUGGUUACUACAGCUAAAGUAGAGGCCAUGUUGGCCGCUUUUAAAUCUAUGAAUGUAUUCUAACAUUUGAGG